AUGUCAUUGAAAAAUUGGCUUUUGCUACGUGAUAUCCAAUACGAGGGAACGUUUUAUAAAAAGUUCCCCCAUGUCUACAACAUUUACGUCAUCGGUUUCAUAGCAUGUAUCUCCGGUCUUAUGUUCGGUUUUGAUAUCGCAUCGAUGUCUUCUAUGAUUGGUACCGAUGUUUACAAGGACUAUUUCAGUAAUCCUGACUCUUUGACUUACGGUGGUAUUACUGCUUCUAUGGCAGGUGGUUCAUUCUUGGGUUCUUUGAUCUCUCCAAACUUUUCUGAUGCUUUUGGUAGAAAAGUCUCUUUGCAUAUAUGUGCUGCUCUAUGGAUUAUUGGUGCCAUUCUACAAUGUGCUGCUCAAGACCAAGCCAUGUUGAUCGUGGGUCGUGUUAUUUCUGGUAUGGGUAUUGGUUUCGGUUCCUCUGCUGCCCCUGUGUACUGUUCUGAAAUCUCCCCACCAAAGAUUAGAGGUACCAUUUCUGGUCUUUUCCAAUUCUCUGUUACCGUUGGUAUCAUGGUCCUAUUCUACAUCGGUUACGGUUGUCACUUCAUUGAUGGCGCUGCUGCCUUUAGAAUCACUUGGGGGUUGCAAAUGGUUCCAGGUUUGAUCUUAAUGGUCGGUGUAUUCUUUAUCCCGGAAUCCCCACGUUGGUUGGCUAACCAUGAUCGUUGGGAAGAAACUUCUCUCAUCGUUGCUAACAUCGUUGCUAACGGUGACGUUAACAACGAACAAGUUCGUUUCCAAUUGGAAGAAAUUAAGGAACAAGUCAUCAUCGAUUCUGCUGCCAAGAACUUCGGUUACAAAGAUUUAUUCAGAAAGAAGACUUUACCAAAAACAAUCGUUGGUGUUUCUGCUCAAAUGUGGCAACAACUAUGUGGUAUGAAUGUUAUGAUGUACUACAUUGUCUACAUUUUCAACAUGGCUGGUUACACUGGUAACACUAACUUGGUUGCCUCGUCCAUUCAAUAUGUGCUAAAUGUUGUUAUGACUAUCCCAGCAUUGUUCUUGAUUGAUAAAUUUGGUAGAAGACCUGUGUUGAUCAUUGGUGGUAUCUUCAUGUUCACUUGGUUGUUCUCUGUCGCUGGUAUCUUGGCUACUUACUCCGUUCCAGCCCCAGGCGGUGUCAACGGUGAUGAUACUGUUACUAUUCAAAUUCCAAGUGAAAACACUUCCGCUGCUAACGGUGUCAUUGCAUCCUCAUACUUGUUCGUCUGUUUCUUCGCUCCAACUUGGGGUAUUGGUAUCUGGAUUUACUGUUCUGAAAUUUUCAACAACAUGGAAAGAGCUAAGGGUUCUGCCCUUUCUGCAGCAACUAACUGGGCCUUCAACUUUGCCUUGGCUAUGUUCGUUCCAUCUGCCUUCAAAAACAUUUCCUGGAAGACCUACAUCAUCUUUGGUGUCUUCUCUGUUGCUUUGACUAUUCAAACUUUCUUCAUGUUCCCAGAAACUAAGGGGAAAACUUUAGAAGAAAUCGACCAAAUGUGGGUUGAUAAUAUUCCAGCAUGGAGGACUGCUAAUUACAUUCCACAACUACCUAUCGUUAAAGAUGAAGAAGGUAACAAGUUGGGCUUGUUGGGUAACCCACAACAUUUGGAAGAUGUUCAUUCUAAUGAAAAGGGUCUACUUGACCGUUCCGACUCAGCAAGCAACUCCAAUUAA